GUGAGACGUCAGAGAGUCUACUUCGAUCGGAGCUUUCUUUGCUUUCUUUGCUUUUUCACGUUCCCAUGGCUAACGAAGAACACCCAGCUGUUACGAACUUCAGGAAUUACAUCAGGAUAAAGACGGUACAACCAACACCCGAUUAUGCUACUUGCACCACCUACUUACAAGGUCAGGCGAAGGAGAUCGGUGCCGAGUGCCAGGUGGUGGAGUGCGUGCCAGGCAAACCAGCUGUGAUCAUGACCCUGCCAGGAGAGGAUCCGAGUCUUCCAGCUGUUCUGCUCAAUUCUCACACCGAUGUGGUUCCUGUUUUUCCCGAGCACUGGUUAUACGACCCCUUCGGCGCCCACAAAGAUGAGGCGGGCAACAUCUACGGGCGUGGUACUCAGGACAUGAAGUGCGUGGGAAUUCAGUACCUGGAGGCUCUGAAGCGACUGCAGGAGAUGGGCGGCGAGAGUGGGCGGUUUCUGCGCACUGUUCACUUGUCCUUCGUUCCAGAGGAGGAGCUCGGGGGUCUGCAAGGCAUGGGUCGCUUAGUGGACACGGAGACGUUCAAGAGGAUGGACGUCGGCGUGGCUCUGGACGAAGGCUACGCGAGCACGACCGACGCCAUGAAGGUUUUCUACGGGCAGAGGAAUCCCUGGUGGAUCCUGAUCAAGUGCCCGGGUCAGCCAGGUCACGGAUCGCAGUUCCUUCAAAACACAGCGGGAGAAAAAGUGGCGAAGAUCAAAUCAUCAACUCUUCAUGGCAUUCCGGAGCAAGAGCUUCGCCCGGUUGGAAGAGGACCCGAGUCUCGCUCUGGGCGACGUCACGACCGUCAACCUCACGAAGCUGGAGGGCGGCGUGCAGUUCAACGUUGUCCCGCCGAGCUGUGCGUGGGCUUCGACGUCCGCAUCCCGCCGUCGGAGAUCGAGGUCUUCCAGAAGAGACUCGACGGGUGGUGCGAGGAGGCGGGGGAGGGGAUCACGUACGAGUUUGGGCAGAAGGUCAUGGAGAAAGCUGUGACGUGUGUUGAAGACGGGAAGAACCCCUGGUGGGACGCCUUCUCGGCCGCCUGCAAGAAAAUGGGCGUUGUUUUGGAGAAAGAAAUAUUCCCGGCUUCAACAGACAUGAAAUAUAUCAGGAAGCUCGGCAUCAGCGCCCUCGGCUUCUCCCCCAUGAACAACACGCCCAUCCUGCUCCACGACCACAACGAAUACCUCAACGAAGAGGUGUUCCUCAGGGGCGUCGACAUCUACGCCGAGGUCAUUCCCGCGCUCGCCAACCUCAGGCCGUGGUGAUGAGGGGCGGUGGUGAUGGGUGGUGAUGGGUGGGGUUG